ACAGCGAGUGAGCGCCACUACCAACGCUUUCAGGUUUCGACGUCAACUCUGAAUAUUAUUUCUAAACCGAUGUUUUUCCCGGUUGCAUUUCGCGUUAUUUCACAUUCUCGUAUUAUUUGACACGUAGUUGUUCGAUCGUUACGUUUGGUGUGUUUAAAAACGUGCUAAAUACCGCCGCGCAGUCGCUGAAACGGUGUUAAUACAUGAUUUGUCUAUGCGACAGAAAGAUGCGGGUGGAAAACAAUAAAGAAAUCAAAAUGGCCAAGAAAAAGACAACGCCGUGCAGCAAGUGAUCUACAUAGUUCAGCUAAUUUUAUACAUAGGAAUAAUAGUAACUACUCUCGAAAGUUUGAAAGCAUUGUUGACCUGCGAUAAACUCAGUCAAAAAUGACGGAUGUUAAGCAAAUCGAGAUUUCCCAACCUCAGCAACCACAACAGCAACAACAACAACAACAACAACAACAACCACAACAACCACAGCAGCAACAGCAACCACAACAACAAAUGAUGAUGACAACUCAAGACAUGCAACAGCAAAACGUUCAACAACAACAGCAACAACAGGUUCAACAGCAACAGCAACAGCAACAACAAGCUCAACAGCAACAGGUACAACAACAGCAACAACAAGCUCAACAACAAGCUCAACAACAACAGGUCCAACAACAACAGGUCCAACAACAACAGGUCCAACAACAACAACAGGUCCAACAACAGCAACAGGUACAACAGCAGCAGCAACAGUUACAGCAGCAAGUUCAACAAGUGCAGCAACAAGUCCAACAAGUACAGCAAGUACAACAAGUACAACAACAACAGCCAGGGAAUGGGCCACAUAGCGUUGUUCCUACACAAGUUCAAGUUCAACCUCAAGCGGUAGCGGUCAGCAUGCCACAGCAAUUGCAGGGUGCAGUGACGGUAUCUAUGCAGCAUCAACAGCAGCAGCAGCAGCAGCAAGGUGUAUCAAUGACUUUAUCAGGACAACAGGGUGCAACCACAAUAACAACCAUGGCAGCUCAUCCCCAAGCUGUUCAAGUGAUACAACAACCUAUACAGAAUCAGGCGUAUCAUUUGCAACAACUUUAUAAUACUCAGGGACAGCCGAUAAUAAUGCCAGGCAAUAUUGCUCUUCAUCCGGCAGGAAUAAAUCCCUCGUCUAUACAGGUAAUAACGGCUGGAAAACCAUUCCAAUCUACGACACAAUUAACACCACAUAUGCUGGCAACAUCUUCCAAUCCUGGACAGGGAGGUGGGCAUCCAGGAAGUGGAGGUACUAAAGUGCAAGGCUUUCCUGGCGGAUAUCUCCCUGUUCCAACAUCUGCCAAUCCUGGUGGUGGGCAAACAUUGGUUUUUAGUCAACUUGGAGUUCUUGGCUCACCACAACCUCCGCCGACAUUGCAGCAGCAGCAGCAGACUGCUAAUAAACAAGACCAAGUGCAGAAGUAUACUACCUGUCCAACGGGAACUGCGACAGGCACACGAAGUGGAGGUAUGCAAUUUGCCCCCUGGCCGUUUGCUCAACAAGUUGCCUGGACAGGGCUACAACCGCAGACUCUUCUAACUCCAAAUCAGAUUUUCAUCAGAGGGCCAGCACAACAGGAUAUGUUUAUUCAAAGUCCGCAGCCUAUCCAGACUCAUAAUGCUAUGGCGACGCAACAGCAAAUACAAGGAGUACAGCAAAUAGCUGCGGCUGGGGGUAAACCAAGAGUAAUUGACUUGCAACAACAACAACAACAGCAACAACAGCAAAGCAAACAAGGAGGUGGUAGCCAACGACCACUCAACAUUCUUCCAUCUUCACUGCAAGGUCCAAAUAUUCGACCUGCUAGUUCAGUUUCUACGCAGACCGUUCAUGGCGUACAGGCCACAGUGCACGUACAGGGUGGAAAAGCCGGAGGCGGAGGUGGCAAAGGUAGAGGUAAACCAAUUAUUCGGACAAGCCCUGGACCAAAUGCAGCAACAGCUACGACCAAAGCGGAUGCUGCUAAUCAAACAAAAUCUAACGUACAUCAUGCUACAAUGAUCAUGCAGCAACAUACUGUUCAGCAACAGCAGCACCACCAGCAGCAAUUACAGCAACAAGUACAAGUUCAGCAACAAGUGCCACAGGUGCAACAUGUUCAACAUCAAAUACAACAGCAAGUCCAACAGCAACUGCAAGUACAACAACAACAACAGGCAGGAAAUGGACCACAUAGUGUCGUUCCUACGCAAGUUCAAGUUCAGCCUCAGCCAGUUACAGUCAGCAUGACUCAGCAAUUGCAAGGUGCAGUUAGUGUGUCAAUGCAACAGCCACAACAACAGCAACAACCAGGUGUUGCUAUGGCUUUGUCGGGACAACAGGGUGCAACAACCAUAACAACUAUGGCGGCGCAUCCUCAAGUUCAAGUAAUUCAACAACCGAUGCACAGUCAAGCCUACCAGUUACAACAGCUUUACAAUAAUCAAGGGCAACCGCUAAUAAUGCCGACGAAACAACAACAACAGCAAUAUCAACAACAACAGCAAGCCCAGCAGCAAGCGCAGCAACAACAGCAAGCCCAGCAGCAAGCACAGCAACAACAGCAAGCACAACAGCACCAGGCUCAACAACAAAUCCAGCAGCAGCAACAGCAGCAGCAGCAGCAGCAGCAGCAACAACAACAACAGCAACAGCAACAACAACAGCAACAGCAGCAGCAACAGCAACAACAUCAGCAACAACAGCAGCAACAACAGCAUGAAAAUAUGAAGGCUAUCAAAAAAGAGGACAAUACAACCAUAUCGCAAAUGGAGGUCACUAUAACUCAGACUGACAAUCCUGAAGUCGAACGCAGCAAAAACGGGAUCAAGGAUGAGACGACACCUACAGUAACUCCAAAGUUGGAAGAUAGAGGAUGUAGUAACCCUCUUGCAGGUCUUGCUAACGCUAUCAAUUCUAUUUCAAAUGGAGUAAGCACAGAAGAAACUACAGUAUCAGUGCCAGUACCACCUACUGUGACUAAUAAGCAAGCACCGCCCAAGGCUAUGGUCAAACCACAAGUGCUUACGCACGUAAUAGAAGGAUUCGUCAUUCAAGAAGCUUCGGAACCAUUUGCUGUAAAUCGAUCAUCAUUGACUGGAACAGUGGGACAAGUUGGACAUGAUACGUCAAACCCAUUGAACAGAAAUAACAUGUUAUUAACAGACAAAGAGUCCAUCGACGAACCUCCCAGGAAAAAGCAUGCGCCUGAUUAUUCGAAUGAUGGAGAUGGGAAUGGGGCAAUUGUUACAAAAUGUGAAGCCUGUGGAAAUUUAUUGGAAGACCACAAUGGAAAAUAUAAGAAGUCAAAGCGCUUCUGUUCUGUGCUCUGUGCAAAGAGCAAAAGAAAGGAAACUAGCGAUCGCGAGAACGGAGAAAAGGAGUGGGCAAAAGUGGACACAGAGUCCAAACUUAACAAUGGAGAUACGAUACGGAAAAAUGGAGAAGACAGAUCAACAUCCGUUGCAAACAUUACUGGCACUAUUAAUGCAGAUGAUUCGGCAACGCGGAUUAAUCCUGUGAAGUGGACGGUGAACGAGGUCUGCGAUUUCAUACGCGGUUUACCAGGAUGUGCUGAUUAUGCCGAAGACUUUGCAAUCCAAGAGAUUGAUGGUCAAGCCCUCAUGUUACUAAAAGAAGAUCAUUUGAUGUCAGCGAUGAGCAUCAAGUUGGGACCAGCACUAAAAAUUGUUGCCAGAAUUGACUCCAUGAGAUUGGACUCGAACUUGUCCCCGUCAAUUCCAUCAUCGAACAACUCUUAAGAGCCAUAAUUAAAGCAAAAAGUGUUCAAGUUCAUUGAUGGUGCUGAGAACUCAUGACUGUGUAUAGGGUUCUUAGCAAUAUACUCUCUCAAAGAUGAUAUUACUGGGUUUAACAAAUGAUUAUUGUAUGCAAUAUUUCAUUUAUCGUUUCAGAUUAUUUGCUACAAUUUCUUUGUUCGGUCAUUCAUUUAUCGGACUUUUGCGAAAAAAAAACUCUUAUCAAGUAGGAGCACAAAAAAUUUAAUUUUGAGUAUCUCAUGGUAAUAAUUACUAAUUUUGGUGUAAAUAAUUCAUUGGCAAUGUUCCUUAUAUUACACAUACAGUCAAGUCCUAGAAGAUAAAUAGACAGUGUACUAACACGUUAAACAAUUAAAAUAUACACACGAAGUUUUAUUCAAAGAAACUACAUUUGAAAAGAGAACUUAAACUUUAAAAUGAAGUGACUAUUUUUGAAACUUUAUAACUUCGUACUUAUACUCGAUCAGAUCUUAAAUGACUUGUGAAAUUUGCACCUGAUAUCAUGUAUACUAAAGUAUUAUAUGAUAGCAUAUAGUACACAUAUGACGAUUCUAUAGACUGCUAAAGAAAUAUUGAUAUACGUGCAACCUUUUUUUCUAACGGGCUUUUAGAAAUGGACAUAACGAUUGGUGCAAAGUGAAUGAUAUCAAGAGGAUUCUCUAGGCUAAGGAUAUGUUCUAAACGUGAAAAAGAAAUUAAUGGAAGAAAAAAACUAUAAAACUGCCGAAUAAUCAGAAACAUACACUACAAAAACUUUAGUGAUUUGUGGUUAACUAAGCAUGGUGGAUACAUUUAUACUAUACUUAUUAUAGCAUAAAGAGACAAGUACAGCCAUAUACCCCAUGUUAAAGUUCCCUGCUAUUUUUCAUCAACGGGAGCUGAUUUUAUGGCUCACAUUGUAAAUAUAAAUUCUAAGUAUAAAUUGUUUAUUUAAAAUACCAAAUUUUAUAACGUGAAAUCAUAGAGAUAUACUAGUAUUAAAUCGAGGUUUAUUAUUCGUCGUCGUGAAUUAUUAAUAAUUUUGAGUGGUAAUAAAAAUAAUCACAGCUCGAA